UGGCUGGCAACUACCUCAGGUGUGUGUACGGGAAGGAUCUACCAAUGCUGAAGCAGAGGCUAGCAUCCCACCUGCCCAACUCUGUCAUUCUACAUGGGACGGUGGAGGCAGGAAUACGUUAUGGGUUAACAGAGAAAUUAGGAACCAUGUUGUACGUGCCAGAACGCAGUGUUGGUGACAGUGGGUGUUCCUCUCUGGUGGUGGCUACUCCAGCCUUCAGUACGAAAAAGGUGCAGAGUUUGUCAGUGUUCUGGAACACGGAAGAGAAGGAUGAGGAGGUGGCAAGGAUGCUUGGCUCGUUGCCUGGGUUGGACUGGAGGAAACCUGUGUUCUUUAGUAUCAGUCCCAAGACCAUCUCCAGCAAGCUGGUGAGCAUGGCGAAGAACCAAUUACUCGGUGAUAGAGACGUUGAGGCUCAUAUUUUCGAUGAUUCCCGUAUGCUUGUACAUCGGGCCACAAAACUGCCUCAUUACCAUACAGCAUUCCUGAAGGAUUCUACCUGGACACUCUUCGGCCUAAGGACACUCCAACGGUGAUGUCGUCCUGGAAAUACCGAUGGACUGAAAGCCAGACUGGCCUUGAGACUUUGCUCCAGAGCGUCCCGUCAGUGGCUCUCCGUAAGCGGGGAGAUAGUGAUCCCGCCUCUGAAGACCAACUUGUGGGGUGGUGUUAUUUAUACAACAACGGGAUGUUAGGCAACAAAUUCAUCGUGCCAGAGUACCGUGGUCAAGGCCUAAGUUCUUUCGCUUUGCGCCUAAUUCCCAAGAUAUAUAGGGAUGGCCUCCUUCCGUAUUUUGCUUUCAGCACCUCUUAUAAUAGGGAUGGGGUGAAGUUUGAGGAGUUGGGCUUCGUGAAGGGUAUGGACAUGGAGGCUGUGUUUUACCUACCCAAAGGGAAAACUGUUGAGGGCUUCAUAAACACCUUGAAUUGAUAAGACUUGUAAGAAUUAAUUUGAAAUCUCAUUUCGUUAAGAAUGAUACUUAAUUACACUUCAAUUAAUGAAUAAUGAUAGAAUGUGAAAUAUUCAGAACAAUAUUAAUGAAUAUAAAAGUAAUAGUAUUUGUAGAAGUAGUAGUUGUUCGUGUUCUGGGUAAUAAGUUCAAUAUACAGGAGCGAACACAAACACCUGUAUAGAUUUUGUAGGUUCGAUUU